AGAGACCUGAGUGAAGCUUCCCAAGUCGCUCUUCCGGGCUGCCAUGGCUUUGGAGGAGAACUUCUACAAGUGGGUCCUGCCGCUGGUCUUCGCGGAGAUUCUCAUCUACGUCUAUGCCUUCACCUCGGAGCUGCGCACUUGCCAGGUGGCCCUGGGUUUGCUGGGCCUCUUCUGGUGCUUUGCGGCGCUCUGGGUGGAAAUCCGGCUCGAGCAGGUCUAUCCUGGCUUCGAGUAUGACAAGCCAACCGACCCGGAGAUGAAGGCAUACAAGCCCUUCUGCGACUUUGCGCCCUGGGCGAAGUGCAGCAAGGUGCUGAUGUCGCCGCCGGGGCGCUUCCUGCGGUACUUUGGCAUUGCCAAGCAGGCCUCAUCUUCCAGCGGCAUCCUAGAUAAGGUGCGGGGCUGGAUAGACGUGCCCAACCCCACGCUGGGCGUGCUGUUCUUUGCGGUGCAUUUGUUUUACCCUCUGCUACUUCUCUUCACGCCCAUCCCGCUGCUCGGGCCGCUCCUGCCGGAGCUUUUCUUCCUGGCAUGCUGCGGCGUCGGGCUGAUGACCGUUUGGCUUGCGUACAAUCUGGCAUUCGUGCUGCAGGACUUUUGCGUAGUUUGCGUAUCCAUGUAUGUUGCAAACUUCGGGUUGAUACCGAUGAUGCAUGGGCUGGCGCUCCAAGGCUCGCAGGUGGGCCAGGAGUCCUUCUUCGGUGAGGUGCCAAGGUGGUUCCUCUACUCCUUUGGAACUCUGGAUGCGGUGAUGGGGCUUCACGUCCUGCACCUCUACUUCCGCGGGUCGAGUAGCUCGGAGUACAAGCAGCUGGCAGGUGCUUGAAGGCCUUCUGAGGGCGACUCAGAACGCCGUCUGCUUCAGUUGCUUGCCGAAGUAGUGCUCACAGCGAGCGCAUCCAGCUGCUUCUGAGCUGUUUGCGAUUUUCGAGCUGAAGGUUGCUCCAGAA